UGUGUGGCUGUGGUUGAGGACAUUUGCAGGGUUUGCUUUGGUUUGUUUACUGUCAGACUUUGACUGGGUUUCCGUUCUCUAAGGCCGAGAGACCAUGGCUUUCUUUGUGAAAAAUAUGAUAAGUAACCAGGUAAAGAAUUUAGGAUUUGGAGGUGGGUCUGAAGAAAAGAAGGAAGAAGGAGGGACCUCGGACCCCGCAGCAGCGCAAGGGAUGACUAGAGAGGAAUAUGAGGAAUACCAGAAGCAGAUGAUUGAAGAGAAGAUGGAGAGAGAUGCUGCAUUUACUCAGAAAAAGGCAGAGAGAGCAUGCCUCCGAGUCCACCUCAGAGACAAAUAUAGGCUCCCGAAGAGUGAAAUCGAUGAGACACAAAUCCAGUUGGCUGGGGAUGAUGUGGACUUGCCAGAAGAUCUCCGAAAGAUGGUAGAUGAAGACCAAGAUGAGGAAGAGGAGAAGGAUUCUAUCCUUGGGCAGUUGCAGAACCUCCAGAACAUGGACUUGGAUACCAUUAAAGAAAAGGCACAAGCCACUUUCACAGAAAUCAAGCAAUCAGCAGAACAGAAGUGUUCUGUGAUGUGA